GCCAUCCCCCGUCCCUCUCGCGGAGAUCUCGCUUCCGCUUUGCUCAGGAGGAAACUGGUGGAGGUUCAUCUGCGGAGGGCGCAGCAGGGGGAGCAGGUGAUGGCAGUGGGCAGGGGGAUGGGCUUCACGGGUCCCUGUUUGGCUCCCUUGGCUUCGGCUUGGGACUUGGCAGCGGUGGGCUGACAGUGGCGCCAGCAGCGCGAGAGCUGCCUCUGCUGCCAGUACUAUCAGUGGUGGUGGGAGUGAGAGAAACGCAGCUUAUGACUCGCCCGGUGGCAGCAGCUUUGGGAGCAGGGACGUGGGUUCCAAGGGUGACUCUGAUACCCUGCAGCAGCAGCAGCAGCAGCAGCAGCAGCAGGUGUGGAAGCCAGAAGCCUCUGUGGGGCCAGUCCGGUUGUCCUCUUCCGAAGCACCACCAGACAGUUCUAGCCCUGGCAUGAGCUCAUCCCAGCCGUUCGAUGCCGCUGCAUCUGACGUGCCUCAGGGUUCGCAGCCCUCCACCCUCACUUCCUCGCGAAGCUUCAGUCUCAGGGCGGGGGCCACUUCAGUGUCAACACUGGCGCCCCGCCUGGCUUUGCCAAGAGGCCUGACUCGGUUCCUCCUGGCUUUGGCCGCACGUCCCCAGCACUACCAGGCGGCGCCAUGCAACCCCCGCCAGGCUUUGGCCCUCUCCCUGCCAAGACCUCUCCCGCACCGGCAUCAGCAGUGCUGCCAGCAGAGCAGCCUGGGCAGUCGUCAGGCUCGGAGUCAACCCUAGAAGCUGCUACAGCAGCCUCAGGCCGCGCAUCCCCUGCAGUGAUCUCACAGCACCCAACACUCGCCAACUCCACCCAACACAUGGCCGUCACGUCAACCCCGUCCCCUGACCCAUCAAGGGAGAACAGGGGGCGAGAAUUUGAGCUUGGGUGGGGAAGCGGGUGGGGAAGCAGCAGGCAUGGAGGCUGGAGCCAGUGAGAUGGGGCCCAUGGCAGAGCUACUCAUGCGGAUAGGCGUCACAGUGAACCCAGGUGCAGGGGUGAACGGCGCAGCUGUGAAACCAGGCGUGGGAGCAGAUGCAAGCAUGGGUACAGCGCUGGAUCCAGGUGCUUCUGCAGCAGUCGAAGGAACAGGCAUCUCAGUCUUUGCUUCGAGGAAUGGUUUGCCGCCGAUUAGGGAGCGGGAGGCAGCAGAUGCAGUCGACUCGCCUGUGGAUGGCAGGGAGGGGCGUGGCUUGGCUGGCCCACAGAACGGGCUUUCCUCUCUCUUCCUGGCUUGGGUGGAGUGCCCGAAGCAGGGGGUGCUGAAGCAGAAGUGGCUAGCUCGCUUGACUUGGAGUUUGUGGAUCCAGCGAUCAUGGCAGUGGGGAGGGAUGCCCUGCUGCGCGAUGCUGGCUCAUCCUCGCUGGGAGGGGUGCGCGUGUCCAAUGCUGCUUCUUCCCAGGACAGGAACGUGCUCAGCUCGCUUUUCAUGGGAGCCGCUGCUAGCCUAUGCAGGCCCGCAGAGGGGAUUGGGCUAGGCGUGGGAAGCAGUGUUGGCAGCGGCAUUGGCAACCGGAGUCCGGCCCCUGCCAUGGACAACGCUGAUGCGUCCUCCCACUUGGUG